CAGGGAAGUCGUACAUGUCGACCGAUAUUUUGUUUCUUAAGAGCAAUGAGAUCGAAAAACUUUACUCUACAUUGUACUUUAUAGGGACGUAUUGACCAGCAAUGUCAUCAUUGCUCAGUUCUCUGAGCGGAAAGGACGACACUAGCCAGUCGAGCAUUGAUCUGGAAUCAUCUCAUCAGCUGAUGUCGACUGGUGGCUCACGAGAGAUGUCAGAUGUGUCAGAGUUCAGUGGAGAUGGGCCGAACAGUAGCAGGAAUGAGAAGUUUCCCCAGCGUAAACGUCGUCUAAAAAGCGAGAGGAUUUGUCAGGUGUGCGGUGACAAGGCUCUCGGCUACAACUUUAACGCGAUGACCUGCGAGUCAUGUAAAGCUUUUUUUAGAAGAAACGCUUUGAAACAAAAUACGCCUCCAUGUUUGUUUCAAAACAACUGUCAAAUCGACCUCAGAACACGCCGGUUCUGUCCCCAUUGUCGCCUGAUGAAGUGCUUCGAAAUCGGCAUGAAGCGGGAAAUGAUAUUAGAUGAUGGUGAACGCCAAGCUCGUAUGCAGAAGGUACUUGAGAAUCGUAAACGCAAGGGGAAGAGCAAUGAUAGCUGUCCUGUCACCAUUAAAGAGGAGCCGAGUGAAUCCAACAUGCUUCCCGACCAGUCCGACAGCAGUUGUAUGCCACAUAGUAUCGUGGAACUCACCCAUGCAGAUGUUUUCCCGAUGUUUUUUCAAGACAACUUAGCUGUUGAGGAGCCUAUUGUAGAUCCUGAGUUCACAAGCAAGGACCCACAGCACUAUCGAACAGUUUCAGCGAUGGAGUACAAUUUGUUCAAGUCAGCUAGCAGCAUAUAUUUGGAAACUAUGGGAGAGUUACGCUCGGAUGACAAAAUCCAUGAAACAGAUUAUAAGAAUUGCAAUGACCUGAUAAAUAACUCUUCGGAAGCUGUGAAAAAACUUGUUUCAUUUUGCAAGCAGAUGGAAGACUUUCAGAAAGUCCCUCAAAAGGAACAGCUACUAUUGCUCAAGCAGUGUGUGUUUUCUGCGAUCAUUAUACGGUCGGCAUGGUUUUACAGUAUAGACAAAGAUGCUUGGAACACAGCUUCAGGGGAAAUAUCGGCCAAAAUCCUCAAAACUUUGGUGAGCUACAAUCAAGUGUACGAACAGCACACAAUGUUUUGUAGAAAAGUGAAAACGAUGUUUAGUGAUGAUCCUCAUUUAUUCUCAUUGGUCCAGCUGUUGUGUGUCUUCGAUCCAAUGUGCCCUAACGUUCAGAAUAAGACGGCAAUAUCAAAUCUGCAUGACAAGUAUCUGCUCUUGCUCAGGCAUUACCUUGAGUGGAAAUAUUCCUUCAAGGAGACUCCUUUGAUGUUCAGGGAAAUUGUGAACCUUUUGGUGGAAAUCAAAGACGUCGUAAAGGUCCACAACAUGAUCAUUGUCAACUCCGAUCCAUCCCAAAUUGAGCCUCUUAUGUUGGAAAUCCUUGAUCUAAAAUAAUGAUGUUGUGAUUUUUGCCUUACAUAAAAUUAUGUACAUUCCAUUAGGGCUAUUCCAUUUAAACAUAUAACCACCGGGGGGAAGGCACAUUUAAAUUAUGCCACCCCUCUACAGAAGCAAAUUUACCCUUGUGGGGCCCAAAUUAGCGAAAAAAGACACCCACCUAUAUACUAUUUAAAUAAUUGCCUUCCACCCGGGGGUUAUAUGUUUAACAGGAAUAGCCCUUAAUAGAUGUUUGAUGUUAUAUUUAUUGAGAAUCGAUGAAAUUAAAUAUAUAUCAAUGACUUUGCAAUUAAAUUAUUUAUAGACUGUUGUUUGCUAAAAUUAGAAAAAACAUUGCUAAUAUUUGUUUAGUCGCUUGUAAAGCAUAGCAGAUACAUACAUGUAGGCGUUGCUUUGUCUGGCGUCAUCAUGGGCGUUUACAUCAGUAACUUUUGACCUGUUUUGUGUACAGUCUUCAAACUUGGAAUGAACAUUGUUCAAGGUCAGUUGGUGGAUCCCUAUUGACCUUUGAGGUCAAAGACUAAGGACAUGACAAACUUUCAUGCCAUUUUUCAUCACUGCGCUGUAAUUUCCAAUCAAUAACUUGUGAAUGAUUUGGUUUACAUUCUUCAAACUUUACAUUCACAUUUGUCAUGAUCAGUAGAUGACCUUUGACCUUUAUUGAUUUUAAGGUUAAUAUGUCUACAUUGAAGGUCAUGGUGACUUUUAAGCGCACAUUUUUGAGUGCUCCUGUCAGGUGACACAGCUGUUUUAGGGCAUUCUUGAUUAGGCCAAAAAAAAUUGGUUUUGUUAGGUUACAUCCUUUUCAAAAACAGGUAAGGUAGGUAGGCUUUUUAUUUUUUUUAUUUAAUAGGUUUCAUCCAAGAAUGUUAUUAUUGCCAUUGGAGUAUGGUGUUAAAGUAAUAUUUUUAUAAAGCUUUAAAGGUUUUAAGCUACAUAUAAAAACACACACUUAAAAAUGAAAAUAUUUUUUUUUUUUUAAUUAUUUUUUAUGUUUUUUAACAACUGACUAUAAAAAAGUAGGGUCGGCGCCUUUUUCGUAGGUAGGGUUGGUUAACCUGAGCCAAUUGCAUUAUUUUUAGGCAUUAGCGUUUUGGUUGGUUGUGCUAGAUAUUUAAGAAAAGGGAAUUAAAUAUUACUUAUUGAUAUAGGCUAAAAUCAUAACCGUGCAUUUGUAAUUAGGAUCUCAUACAGUUUGAAAUAAUCAUGGGCUAGGGAUAUGUUUUUGAUGGUUGAAAAUUAUCAAUACUGUAGGAGAUAAUUUGUCAUUCUUAGGUGUCCAAGAUGGAUUUAGUGUUACACCUGAUCCACAUAUUACAAUUUUUGACAAAUGGCUUGGCUAUUGGUUCAAGCGAUUGAUUGACCAAAAUCAGUUAAAUAUGACUUAACUUAUGAUUGUAAAUGCAUGUUUAGUUUUAUACCCUGUUUUCUGUUCCAAUAUUUUACUUAUUAUUUCAUGCUGUUAUCGUUAUCAAAUAACAUGUAUUAAAUGUGAAGUUGCUUCAUGAAUUGUAUAUCAUUCAAUGCCCCUUAGCUGGUUGUUACUAAAAAUAUUGUAAAUCAGUAUAAAUAUUGAACUAAAUAUACAUGUCAUGAAUGGAAUUUCCUCCACUUUAGGUAUCAGAUGUAUGGGAAACCUUUCCGAUUAAUUUUGAUUUAGUUAUUGGCUGAGACAUUCAAUUUUGAUGAAUGGUGACCCCAUAUAAUAUUGUUAUUUUUGAAAUGUAAUUGCUUGCAAAUUACUUACAUGCACAAAAAAUGACUGGAAACUCAUUAUAGAUAACAUAAUGCCAUUUAUUUCCAUGUUUUUUUUAUUUCAAUUGAAAUUAGAUGUGAAAUGACCUAAUUUGCAAUCUUUCAAGGCCUCAAAAUCUUGUUUGUAAUAUUUUCGAAAUAGUUUUGAUGUAUUCUUUCUUCACACGUAAAACUCUUUCAAAACAUUCUAAAAUAAUAUGGGGUCACUGGGAAUCAAAAAAUGACAUAGUUGUACAAGAGAUAUCUUCAGAAAUAUUUUCUUACACUUGUGAUGUUGCGAUAUAUAUUUUCAUGAUUUUUUUGUUUCAUUUUAACUUGUCUUUUGGGGUUUUUUUUAAAGCAAAAAGUCUAGGUAUUGUCUUAACCUUGAUGUUGCUGUUGUGGUUAGCGUUGUCAUGCAAAAACUGCACCCUUGACAAGAACUCAAAAAAACAGAAAAUUAAAUGAAACUUGGUACACAUGUUGCCAAAGACAAAAUGUAUUAUGCUCAUUACUCUUGGUUUAAUUAUUGAAAACUACAACAACAUGAUUUUUGUAAUUCAUCUAGAUUUAAAAAAAAAAUCGCAAAAUUAGGAUUGAUAAAAAUAUGUCCCUUCUGCAAGCUCAAAAUGUACAGUGUUUAAGCGUAUAUAUCUAAUAUGAUUUAAAUUGGUUGUAACUGAAUUAAAGUAUUUAUUAUAUGCUUUCCGGUGAAUAAUUGAAAUUUAUCAGUGAAAUAUAAAUGAUAUUUCACUGUUUCAAACAGUGAAAUAGCAGUUUGAUAUUUUUCACUGUUUUGAAAUUGUAGCCUAUUCUCACUUUAUGCUUUCCGGUGAAUUAUAGAAACUUAUCAGUGAAAUGUAAAUGAUAUUUCGCUGUUUCAAACAAUAAAAUAGCAAUUUUAUAUAUUUCACUGUUUAAUUUUAUUACAAAUUCAACAACAUCAUUUCCAAAUGAUGUGAUGUUCACAUGCAAUCUGGCACACUUCUUAAAAAUUGCAAUUCACUGUCCUUUUAAAUCCUUUUUAGACAUGUAAAAACAAGGCAAAUUUUUUUGUUUAAGUGUAAGACUGCAAUAUAUUUCACCUCAUGAACACCAAAAGUAAACAUUCAUCUCGAUGCACAGCCAUAUUUAUUAAAUAAUUACUUUUUGUGCGCACUCAGUGAAAUAUAAUGCAGUCUUACACUGAAACAAACAAUUCUCCUCUGUUAAAUGAUGUUUGGGGAAUAGUGACAGUGCAUGUAUAUCUAACAGCUUACUGUAUUUAUGUGUACAAUUACCUUACUGUAACUUAAUUGUAAAACUGUAGUGACUUAUGAAAAGAAUCAUUUGUAUCACUAAUGCCUAAUAUUGUUUUUCUUUGCUGAUCAAUUAAUCUAUUGUUUUUUUUAAAUCCAUUCCUUCUCCAGGGUGAAAACAGUUUCAAAGAUUUUUUCUCUUGUUUAUUUUUUGUGACAUUUAACCAACUUUUUAUGCCCCCGAAGGUGGGCAUAUUAAAAUCGCACCGUCCGUCCGUCCUUCCGUCCGUCCGUGUGUCUAUAAGGACAUAGAGUAUAGGUUGUCAUGUCCAGGCUGUAACUUUCCCUUGUAUGGACAGAUUUCAAAAUAACUUGCCACAUGUGUUCGGCAUACCAAGACGACGUGUUGCGUGCAAGAACCAUGUCCCUACCUCUAAGGUCAAGGUCACACUUAGGUGUUUAUUCACAAUGGAAUGCUGCAUAUAAGGACAUAGAGUAUAGGUUGUCGUGUCCGGGCUGUAACUUCCCUUAUAUGAUCAGAUUUUAAAAUAACUUGCCACAUGUGUUCUACAUACCAAGACGACGUGUCACGUGCAAGACCCGUUUCCCUACCUCUAAGGUCAAGGUCACACUUAGGUGUUUAUUCACAAUGGAGUGCUGCAUAUAAGGAUACAGAGUAUAGGUUGUUAUGUGCGGGCUGUAACUUUCCCUUGUAUGAUCAGAUUUGAAAAUAACUUGCCACAUGUGUUCUACAUACCAAGACGACGUGUCACGUGCAAGACCCAUGUCCCUACCUCUUAGGUGAAAGAUACACUUAGUGUUUAUUCACAAUGGAAUGCUGAAUAUAAGAACAUAAGAAUGUAGGUUGUCAAGUAUGGGUGGUAUUUUUUAUGUUCAGAGGCAAUUUAAAAUAACUUGCCAUAUGUAUUUGUUUGAUCUUUAACUGUUCAUGUACUGACCUUGUUCAUAGGUCAAUGUCACAUUCGGGGCAUUCGUCACAUACUGUGACAGCUCUUGUGUUAGUUAUAUUUUGCAACUUAUUAUCAAUUAUUAUAUCAUUGUCAAAUUAUAUAAAAAAUGGUCAUAUUUCAUAAACCAACUGUUUAUACAGUAUUUAUUCAAUUAUAACACUUCUGUAGCAUUUUUAUAUUCCUGUGCCAUUACUUUUUAAUUAAUUAACAAUUCUAGCAUUGACGGUUAAUCUUAUAGAUUAUAUAGAUAUACUGUACCUGUGAAUAUACUGCAUAUAAACAUAUACAAGGAAUUAAUAAUUUUGUAGAAAAGUAGUUUUUUGAAUUUUUAUUUUUACCUUCUUGUGUCUUGAGCCUUGGUGAGAUGAAAAAAUAUUUAAGGUAUGAAUACAAAAAGUAUAAAUGUUGAAUUAUGUACUGUUCAUGGAUAUCAAGGGUUGAAAGCAAAAAUGCUCUAAGUGGCAUUAGAAAAAAGAAGUAGAUGGAACAUUUCACCAUCACUCCGCAAUAUGCGUCCUCGUGACUUUAUUCAGGAACUCUUGAAUUACUCUCACACACUCUAGAGGUCUCAUUUAUGACUGUAUCUUCAUGAAAGUUGGUCAGAAUGUUUAUAUUAAUAAUCUUUAAGUCAAGUUUAAAUCUGGGUUAUGUGCGGUCAAAAACUAGGUCACCAUGCAGGUCAAAUCAUAGGAAAAGCUUGUCAGCACUCUAGAGGUCACAUUUAUGACUGUAUGUUCAUGAAAUUUAGUCAGAAUGUAUAUAUUGAUUAGCUCUAGGCCAAGUUCGAAUCUUUGUCAUGUGCGGUCAAAAACUAAGUCACCAGGUCAAAUUUAAGGAAAAGCUUGUUAACAAUCUAGAUGUCACAUUUAUAAAUGUUUCUUCUUGAAAGUUGGUCAGAAUGUUAAUAUUAAUAAUCUCUAGGCCAAGUUCGAAUCUGGAUCAUCUGCGGUCAAAAACUAGGUCACCAGGUCAAAUAAUAGGAAAAGCAUGUUAACACUCUAGAGGCCACAUUUAUGACCAUAUGUUCAUGGAACUUGAUCAGAAUGUUAUUCUUGAUGAUCUUUAUUGGAUCAGCUGAGCGAUACAGGGCCUUCAGGGCCCUCUUGUUUCUGUACAAGGUCACAUGGAUACCCAUGUCUUUGUACCCAUGAAUACAUUCAGACCUUGUAUGAGGCUUGUACAUGUUCACAAAGUCUAAAUACUAUUUCAAGUUAUUUUUCUCCUUAUUAAGGCCUCAGUCUUGUUAACCUGCGCAUGUGGAAACAUUUAUGUAGUCUGUUGAAACAAAUGUUACCAUGACAACUACCGGUAAAUGUAGUUGUUGUUAUUGUUGUUUUUGUUAUUGAUGCUCAGUUGUUGUACUAUUUUGUCAGAAGAUUGAUGAUUUUAUUUAUUGUGACUUAAUUGUUCACUUAUUUACCGUGUUUACUAAGUGUGAAAACUGCAAUGAAUAUAUAUAUAAAGUAUACUAACAUUAAAAAAUUUGUGUAUUGGUGUGUGUUUUGAAAAAAAACAUCCAGUUACACUCCUGGAUAAAUGAUGUAUGAGAUAAAUGUUUUAUGAUUUUUUCAUAGAAUUAUAAUGAUUAAGAACGCUAUCCAUUAUAUUGAAUAUUAGUAUUUAUUUCAUACCUGUUAAUUUUCCUUCUUAAAUAUUGUAUGAUUAAGGGCCUGCCACAAUGCAAAAGUGGGUGGGGAAGGUCAAAAAAUAAAACAUUUAAAAAGUUCAUGUUUUAUUUAGUUUUGAGGAACAAUCUUUUUUGGGAGUGAAACAUAUAUUCUUGGUGACAUGUUUAGGGGUAGUAAGGAGUUAAACAAAUUUUACAAAAGAAGAUUUUAUCGGAUUUUGGAUCAAAAAGCAUUUACAUUAUUAUUUCGGAAAAGUCUGUCAACAUUUUUUUUUUUGUCUUUAUAUUUAUGUCAAAAUGCCCCAGACUACCUAUGGGGCAGUUCAGAUUAAUUUGACUCAUAAACAUAUUCUUUUUGUAUAAUGACAUAUCCGGGAAAUCAUAAAUGCUUUUUGAUUGAAAAUCUGAAAACAUAUUCUUUCGUAAAAAUUGCUCAACUCCUAAUUACAGCUUUUCAUGUUGCAACUGAUACUGUAUAUGAAUCAUGCUUGUUAAACAUUGAAUCUGGAAACUAAAUAGAAAUUGAUUUUUUUUUUUAAAUUUUGGACCAAUCUUUUUUUGGAUCGCUGCCGGCCCUUAAACAUUAAAGUCCCAGUAUGCUUUAGUAAUGUAAACUGACUUUUUUUUGUAUGUACACAUGUAUAUCCAAAUAUGACUUCUCUUAACCUUUUUGACAUUUUGUUAAUCCCCUGUUUGCAUUUAUCCAAUGAUCGCAAUAAUAACAAUAUGCCACAAAGCCGAAACUAUAAUCUAAAUUUAGUGUGCACUAUGUCAUUACGAAAUUUGCAUAUUGCGUGACUUUUUUAAGAUAAAAAUUCUAUGUUGCUUUUUAUGCUAUUGAUUUCAAUUUUUUAACUAAGAAAUUAUUGGUUAAAAUAUUAUAAUAUUAUAACUUCUCAUUAAGUAUUUCAGUUGAAAGCUAAAUGAUAUUCAACUGAAGAAAACGGUGUAAUAAAGUAAUUUGACACAUUAAAUCAGCGACUUUUCACUAAACAACAUUGAUAAAUUUUUCAUUCAAAAAUGCUUGCAUCAAAUUUAUUUUAGAAACUGAAGCUUAAUUUUCUUCAUGUGAUAUUCAUUUGAAAAUGUUCAGGUACUUUUCAGUCUAAAACCUCCGGCAACUGCUCAGGUACUGAUUGCAAAUAGCUAUGCUCCGCCCACUUAUCUAAUCUACCUCAUUACAGAGUCAUUAGCAUAUAGUGAGUCAGUGGUUGAAUUAGGAAUUUUGUUGGUAUUUCCCACACAUUUCUUUGUAAUAAAGCAUAAUGUGGACCUCGGGAUUUUAUCAGACAUUAUUCGUGGCUCUGUCAUAACUAUAUUGACACUUAUUUUUUUUCUCUGAAAAUAUAAUCCUAAUUGGCACUGGGCUUUAAAUAUUGAAGCUGGAAAAAAAAUCUGUAUUACACAAUGUGUUUUCUGAUUCGAUGUCACACAGUUGUCUAGUGCAUGGGCCAAUCAUAUGCAAUACUACGCGAAUGAAAUUGGACACUUGUUAUGAAUGUAAAUGCAUUUGUAAAAAGAGUUAUUGUUAUCCUUUGUUCAUAAUUACAUACCGGUAAAAAAAAAUACUAUGCGAGUUGCUUGAUCUGUGGGAUUGUAAGCUUAAACUUAUUCAUUUUACAACAAUUGUGAAACAAGUUAUUACGGCAUUAUAUUACUUGCAUUGGCAAGAUGUUACGUGAGAGUGUGGUCUUAUGUUGAUGAGGAAACCAGAGUGCUCAGAGGAAACCCAUCUGUCUGGCUUGGUGACCACAAACCAAACUCACAUGCUACCAGGCCUGGACUCCACCCAGGACGCCUUGGUGAGAAGCAAGUGCGCUAAUUGGACAACCAAAAUCCAAACCUACCUUUUUGGAUUGUAUCACUUCUGCUUGUUUGGGUCCAGGUACAUCGCACUCAACCUUUGUCAACCUACACAGAUCAACCAACUCGCUUAAUAUUCCCUAUAUAUAUUGUUGUGAUGAAUAUAUGUAGUAAUUUGCUCAGAAUUGUUAAAUGAUAGAUAUUAUAUAUUUUAAUAUUAUAUUUAUGUUGAUUAUUGUUUUAAACAUGAAAGAUAUUGUACUUUUCUCUCCUCGUUUAUCUGAAUUUGAUUAAAUUCUUGAGUA